GAUUAUUAAUUUAUUUCCGGCUGUUUUCUAUUUUGUCGUUCCCGGCAAAUUUGGCUGAAGUCACUAAAUUUUCGCCGGCGACGAUUCGAACUUUUACCAAAUGAUGCAAGCAUCGGCGGCGGUGAAUCUUUCGGUGAUAUGGAAUCUCUCGCUGCGUGGGUCAUCCUCGAAAGUGCAUAUACUGAACCCUAAGCAUCAAAAGUCUCACGCUCUUCAUUGUUUGAGAUCAGAAGGGCAUGAGGAGUUUGAGAAUUCUCCUCAGGAAAAUCUUGGACUACCUUCUGUUACGAAAGAAGCAAAACAAAAGGAUAUAUGGAACCUCUUUAGAGAAGCUCAACAAAAUAUCCUGUUCUUAAACAAGCAACGCUUAGCUGCAGUUGAGGAGCUGAAGAAGCUGAAGAAGGAGAAAGAUGAAUUAUUAGAAAGGAUUAACCAGUUGGAGGAAGAAAGUCAGAUUGUAAUCAAGAAAGAUAAGUCGUCUCUUUUCUGGGAGCUGCUUCUCCGUAUUGAUGCUAUGGUGAUCAAUGGAUUAGUGAACAUUGAAGAAGCUUCAUCCAUGAGAAAAUUGGUUAAGGAGCAUGAAGUGAACAUCUCCGAGUUUCCCCUUGAUGUCCUGCAACAAGGAGAUGCCGAGAUUCUAGCAGAACUCAGACGGUUCCCACCUAAAGUCAAAAGGAACGGUCUUCACGUGAUUCAUAUCUGCACCGAAAUGGCUCCUUUAGUUUCUACUGGACCUUUGGCCUCAUAUAUUACUGGACUGUCUUGUGCACUCCAAGGAAAGGGCUACUUGGUUGAAGUUAUCUUGCCAAAAUAUUCUACACUUGAUUUGGACGAAAUUGAAGGGCUCCGGGAAAUCGAAGCUGAUGCAUAUUCUUAUUUUAAUGGUCAGCUGCAUGCAAACCGAAUAUGGAAUGGAAUUGUCUCUGGAAUAGGAGUGACGCUUAUUCAACCAGUGUAUUACUCGUCAAUGUUUAACCGUGAUAAAGUAUAUGGCUAUACAGACGAUUUUGAUAGGUUUGCCUACUUCUCUCGUGCUUCAUUGGAUUACAUUGCAAAAUCUGGAAAGCAGCCUGAUGUGUUACACAUUCACAACUGGCAAACUGCAAUAGUUGGACCGCUGUUUUGGGAUGUUUUUGUUAAUCAGGGACUUGAAGGUACUAGAAUACUCUUGACAUGCCAAGACUUUGACAAGGGUCAUGUGCCUCCUGAAAAAUUGGAGCUAUGUGGGCUAGAUCCAGCUGAGCUACACCGUCUUGAUCGCUUACAAGAUAACAAAAAUCCACAUUUUGUUAAUAUAUUGAAGGGUGGUGUGGUCUACUCCAACAAAGUUGUAAUAAUGUCAUCGUCACAUAGCUCAAUCCCUGGUCUCGAACCAACAUUAGCUAUUCACAGGGACAAGUUGUUGUUAGCUCCCUUUGAACUGGAAAACCCAAUGGAGAAAGACUUGUGCUGUGACCUUCACGUCUCUGCAUAUACUUCCAUUAUUGUUUGUACUGGGGAUUGCACAACACUAAGUAAAUAUCGAUUUUAGAGGGAAAGAGUGAAGUUUGUUCUUUAUUAACGAUAGGAAUGCGAGGUCGUCACUGAAACGAGUCAAGAUCGUGCUCGUCAGUUCACAGGAGAACUAACGAGUGAGUCACGACGAGCUCGGAAGCUAACAGAAAAUUAUACAGAGAAUAACAAGAGUUUUUAGACGCAAAGUAUUGCUCUCGGGGUAUUGUAUGCGAGUCCUCCCCCUUUCUCCAGUGAGUACUGUUUCUUUAUAUAGUGGACUGUAGACCGAGGGUCUUCUAGGGUUCCCAUCGUGAAUUCCCGAGAUUGCCCUUUACGGAUUAUUAAUGACUUUCAUCCAAUUUUGUCGGGCCGGAAUCGCGGAAUUCGUCUUGUUGGGCCGAGUGGCAUAUUGGGGCGCAGCCCAUGUCCAACAAUAGUCCCCCCCUAGUCCGGAGAGCGUCAGUUUUUCUGCGAUCGGCGGGCAUGCUUGAUUUAUUUGUAAUAUGCCUGCUCGGCGCAGAUUGUCCCAGAUUGCUUCUGGGAAAUGAAAUUGUUACAGUGACCCUUCUGUAAUUUCUUCUGGGCUCGUUUUUCAAGAGACACUAGGAAAAAUCCUUUGGUCUUUUAUUCUGAAUGCGGUUUUCAAUGAUAUCCCCAAAAAAAAGAGAAGAGAGUCACGGAUUGAGAUGAUGGAUUUGACAGUAAUUUUUCCAUUUUAUUUACUUAUUUAUGCACCUUCUUCCUUCCCAUUUUCUUCACUUGCUCCUUCCUCUUCAUAAAAGGUAAUUUUUUUUC